AUGCCCGAGAAUGACAAACCCCAGCCUGACGGCCCCAUAGAUGGUGGGAGUACUGAUGCUCAGAAUGGCCCCGCGGGGAAGGAAUCCAAUGACCCCCAAGGAAAGGUCGCGCAAGCAAAGGAGAAAUUGUCUAAGAAACAGCAGAAGCUCCGCGACAAGGCCAACCCCCCAGGAGGAUAUGAUUCGACUCGAUUCCCGCCCGCUCAGGAUGGGUAUGUCGUACGAUUUACCUUCCACCGCGCGGAGAACCUACCAGUCUCCGACCUGAACUCUCGAUCUUCGGAUCCAUAUAUCCAUGCGACAUUGACUUCUUCCCUGCCAAAACGACAUAAAGAAGACCCCGACUUGAUAUUCAGAACCCCAACGGUUCAUAAGAAUGUUAACCCGGUAUGGAGUGCACAAUGGGUAGUCGCAGGAAUUCCGUCGAGUGGGUUCCGCUUGAAAUGUCGCCUCUACGAUGAGGAUCCAGUGGAUCAUGACGACCGCUUGGGCAAUGUGACUAUCCCUGUGGACCACAUUGAUGAGAGUUGGCCUGGUAUCCGAGAAGAAGGUUUCGGCAUUAAGAAGCGCAUGGGAAGCAAGCGGGCAUACUUGAUCCGAGGUUGCGCCUCAAUGCUCAGUAGCAAUGUGCAUAUGGAUGGGUAUCUCUAUGUGAGUGCGGAGGUCCUGGGGUUGGCAGAGGAGCCUUUCGGCCGCAUGUACACGGUUGGGCCGACCUCAUGGUUCAAGCAUUACUCGCCCAUGAUCGGACGACUCGCUGGCACGAAGGCUCCUGGACAUUCAGGGGACGGUACGCACGGGACGAUCGAGAGAUAUGACUUUCAGGCAAACCAGUUCCAACUUCAAGGCCCCGUUCCGGCCGAGUUAUACCAUCGAUUUGUUGAAUUUAAACCCUUUGUGAAAGCCAUGUUCUCGAAAGCUGGUCUUCGAGGGCGGAUCUUGAACAGGGCCCUCCAUCACCAACAUGCUCGCGUGUACAAUUUCAGCAAUAGCACUGAAUACGGAGUUGUAAGGCCUAGGUCCGAAGAAGCUUCUCUCCAAUUUCUCAAAAUGGUCCACUACGACAAAGGAGGCCGGAUAUUCACCUACGUCCUGACACUUGAUGGCCUCCUACGGUUCACUGAAACUGGGAAGGAGUUUGGCAUUGACUUGCUAUCAAAACAUACUAUGCAUAGCGACGUGAACAUCUAUGUCGCAUGCGCUGGUGAGUUUUUCGUCCGGCGUCUCUCCCACCCUGAAAAGAUUACGGAUGCCCCUGAGCAAGAGACACACCCCAACAAGGAUAUCCCAGGUGGUCCGCCAGACUUGCCACCGCCUGAAGACCCAAGGAAUUACGAGCUCAUAAUCGACAACGAAAGCGGCACUUACCGUCCCAAAGGGUUUUUGCUUCCUCAACUCAAGCAAUUCCUCAACGAAAAUUUCCCGGGUCUUCAUGUAGUUGUCAAAGACGGCUCUGAUAAGGAUCUGGCGGCGUGGAAGGACAAACAGAGAGAGAGAAAGAAGAAGGAGGGGGGAAAUGUGGUGUUGGUGCAGAAUUCUGACGAUGAGAUCAGUAGUAGUGACGAAGAGGCGCUGGAUAAGAAGAUGAAAGGGCAGAAAAAGACACGGAAGCAGAGGGCCUACGAUGCUCUCGAGGAUCCUGGAAAGGCGAUGAAAGAACUUAUUCCCGGGGAAAAGGGAAGAGAGGAACGCGAGGAGCGAGAGAUAGAGGGGGAUCAGGCAGAGCUUGACGGCAAGAGAUCGGGGGUCUGA